AGUCAUACGAAUUUAUCAGUUCGUUUCCUUUCAAACUGUGCGUGCGACACGGGGUAACCAAUAACCGUAUGUACUGUUGUUACCGAUAGCUGAUAAGUUUAGCGAAAUUAUUAAAGCAGACAGCAAACCCAAAUUAAUCGUAAAUCUGCUCUCUGUUGCAAUGCAUCGCAAAAGAUAUUUUCCGGCCGAUUUGUACCCGCAUCCUUUGCAUUAUGCGGCACUGCGCGGAUACGACGAGAAAGUUCAGGAGCUAGUGGCAGGCGGAGCAAACAUUUACGAACCAAUUCAGGAUGGAGAAACUCCAGCACACGUGGCCAUCACCGAAGGCCUAGCAAAAGUAGCGGAAUUUUUAGUGCAGCAAAUGCAAAGUGAUGUUCUGUUCGUGCGUGAAUAUUUAGUAGACAAAUUUCAAUGCAGUACAAGUGAUCAUUUUUGGCUAAAAAGGCCUAUCCUACUUGCUUUGGACGAAAAGCAAUGUGAACAAGUGAAUGAUUUGAUUCAAUUCGACAGUUCAUCCGUUAAUUUCGAGCAAUCAAUUCUAGUUUUGGUAAAAUAUCCAAAGGAUCACAAAUCUGUGGUGGUAGUGAAUUCUGCGUCCAACGAUCCCAUACAACUUUUUAAAAUUGUAAUAAAUCUGUUGAAAAAUGGACAAAUGAAUUGGGACAGUACGGGUCCACGGGGAGAAUGUGAAACAUUAACCCAGCUUGCAGCGUAUCAUGGAAAUAAAACAAUUUUGGGUGUCCUCAUAGAAUCCGGAGCCGACCUUAAAUUCAGAGGUGUAGGGAAACGUACACCUUUGCAUUCGGCUUACGAAGCUUCCCAAAAGGACAUCGUGAGGCUGCUUAUCACAAAAUAUGCGGACAAAAUUGACCCAACUGCGCGGGAUGAAAACUAUGAACAUAUCUUACACUAUAUUAUCAAUCGUCAGGAUGGAACUAGCUUUAAAAUGGUACUGGACGCUAUGAUGAAAUAUCGCCAGAUACAAUACGGAGAAACACCUUCCCAAGCUUUUAAUUUCAUAUUCAAACUUGACUAUAAAGAAUGGUUUUGGGCUCAAGUUAAUAGCAAAUUUUGUGACAAUAUGAUUCGAGCUAAAUUGGAAAAGUAUCAAUACGAUCUAACCUACCACUGGGAACAAGCUGUUGCAUUGAUCGACUUGAUAACGUAUCGAAAAGCUCGCAGUUUUUACGUAAAUGAAAUUCAGAAGGAACCAAAUCUUUUGAAAGUAUCCACUCCACAGGGAUAUACUGCCUUGCAUGCUCUGAUUUCUGCCAAUGAGCUGUUAUUAAUUGAAGAACUUUACAGGACAUAUACCUGGGUGAAAGAAAUUUUCGAAUGUGAUGCUGCCAUUGUAACACUCAACGGUUUGAUGACGCAUGAGAACAUAGAAAUGAUGGAGUUUGUAUUAGAAAAACACAAGUUAUUCUUUGAACAAAGUGUGAACCAGAUACGUGACGAUAUUGUGGCUGUAUGUUCCUUUUCAAACUAUAGCGUAGUAUUUGAAAUAUUAUUAAAGUAUUUACCUGAACUUAAACCACACAUAGAAAUACGACAACGCUUUUUAUAUAAGAUUUCAUAUGCAUUUACAAUAGAUUAUAACACCACCUACGAAAAUUUGAUAAAUGACUUUCCAUCUGCAUGGGAAACCCUUCAGAAAGCUGGAAAGACUCUUGACGAUUAUAAUAACACUGUUGGCAGCGGAAUACUGCAACAAGCUAUUAGUGAGAAUCAACUUAAAUUGAUUAAGCAAUUAUUGAAAGCCGGUGUGAACUUCGAUUGCUCCGACACGGAUACGGAAGAGCGCCAUGCGAUACAUUACGUUAAAACUAUUCCGAUGUUACAGCUUUUGAUAGCUAGCCUUCCAGAGGGGCGCUCAUUGAUUCACCGCAAAGACCGUAAUGGAAUGACCCUGCUACAUGUGCUUUGCCCGGAAACCAUGGACAAUAAACAGGAUCUUAUUCUCGAACUUUUACGGCUUGGCGCUAAGGUCGACGAACGAAGCAAUGACCAAGCGACGGCACUGUUCUUCACGUACCGCGAGGAUUUGUUUCUUUUCUUCACAAAGGAGCUGACAUCAAAAGGCUUUAGCUGCAUUGAUCCGGAUCUUCGCGAUUUUGAAGGAAAAAAUGCGCUUCACAAAAACCUUCGUCACAGAAAUACUGAGAUCGCCUCUGUUAUGUUACGUGAAGCGUCUACUUGGGUUAAUUUUACUGACAGAGGAGAUUCGUACCUGGCAUAUCUGGUCGAUUUCGAGGAUGUAUUUUUCAACAACGUUUUUAAACCUAUUCUAGAAGCGAAUCCUGAUAAAACAACGAAAAUGUUUAACGCAGAACUUAGCGCUUCUCGGGAACGUUGUUCUGAGCUAUUCUUACACGCCUGCUUAGAAAAGAAUGUUUACUGCAUGGAACGAUUUCUGGAAAUGGACUUGGACUUCAACUAUCGCGAUUAUCGCGGUCUCGUACCAAUAUUGAGUUUAUUGAGCAAUUACCAUUUACCAGAACGAGACAUCUUGUAUAGGCUGUUAGAAAAAGUAGACAUAAAUGUUGUAGAUGGAGAUGGAAAAAAUAUCUUAAUCGUUUUGUGCAAUAAUUACACUAGAAUUAAGAGUAAAGGGUAUGCCGAGGAACUGGCUAUGACAGUGAUCGACCGCAAGGUAAAUGUAAACCAUGUAGAUAACACUAAACAGUCAGCACUACACUAUGCAUUUAAAUCAGGCGAAAUAGAAUUGAUAGAAAUUUUACUGAAUGCUGGUGCAGAUUACAGUUUAAAAAAUGCAGACGAAAAACUGCCAUUUGAGGAAGCCCCUGGUGAGGUAUGGCAAGUUUUUUCUUUCUUAAAAUGAAAUAACAU